CGUCUGCAAGACAGUAAAACAGUUUACACUCCUUCACAGAAGGUCCUGUUAUGGCAAAUUUUCAAACUAGGAUUCUUCUUCUGGAUCUGUGUGUCGUCAUUAUUCUUCUGACUCAUGCAGAUUAUUCCAAAUCCAAUCAAGAACAAAGUAUUCAGCAGCACAUCAACAAAACAGUGUUUGUGGGGGAAACAGUUACACUUCACUGCAACAAAACCAAGUUUGAUGAUGAUUUCACAUGGAAAAUCAACAACACUGUAAUUUUUAGGCAGGUCUCUGAUAUUAACAUAACUAAGACAAACUUCAGCUCAAACAGGAUUCACAUUGACCCAGCAUCUCACAGAGAAUUAACAAUACAUCAAAUACAAACGUCUGAUGCAGGAAACUACACCUGUUACCCAGCAGCGAUAAGAUGGACAUUAACAAUACCAGAAAAACAGAUCAGAACAGAAUCACUUAAACAAAUGCCGCUGUACAUCAUCAUCAUCAUCGUCUCAUGUUCAGGAGUCGUUAUGAUCGGUCUGAUCAUCACCAUCUGUAUUUGCAAUUACAGGAAACUGAGGCAGAUUAACUCUAGUUCAGAAAAGGAGGAUGUGAAGAUGAUUUCUGACUGUGACAAACACACAAUAACAGUCUGUGUCUACAGUCUUCACACAGCUUCAUGAACAUCUUUUCUUCUCAAGACAGCAGUGUGUGUUUGUGUCUGACACUCAUCAGAUGAGCAUCUCAAUACAGGAGGAUAUUUGUCAGUCAUUUUCAUGAGUUAGAGAAUGGGACUAUCACAAUAAUAAGUACAGAUGAACUGUAUGUACAUGUGUAUUUGCUCUUAAAAUGCUUUAAAUUAUCUACCACAUAAAUUUAAUUUUCAGAAGAAUAUGAGUACAAUUCUUUAAUAUACCUAACUAUAUAUUACUGUAGAUCCUUUGUUAUCACAUAAUCAAGGUGUUCUGAAAAAAAAAAAAAGGAAUGUAGAAAAGAUCCAUCAGAGUAAAGAGAUUGAACGGUGUUAUGUUGCAAUUAAACAAAUGUGAAUACAGAAAUAUAUUUGACACAUUGCUGAUGUAAUUACUAGAGACGUCACAGGCUCUUAAAGUCUUACUACAGGAAAACACAAGGUGGCGCCAUAGCAAACACUAAGCUUUUGUUGUCGUUUUAGGAGAGAUGCUAAAACAAAGGAAAAAUGAAGAAAGUACCAUUUUACAUAUUUUACUUUCACAUGAAAACUCACUCAUGUUUGGAUCUGCUUGUCUUGGAUAAACUAAAUAAUACAGGCCUAAUCUGCCAUAUAUCUGAUGAAGCAGAUAGUAAAA